CUUCAAGAUGGCGGCGCCCAGCGAGUCGUUGCCGCCGCCGGGCCCGUUCCGCACGCGCGACGUCCUCGUGCCCGGCGGCCCCUCCGAUUUCGGCUCCCUGCUGCUGUCGGCGCCGGUGCUGGCGGGGCUGCAGGCGGCCGGCUUCCAGCGGCCCUCGCCCGUGCAGCUGAAGGCCAUCCCGCUGGGGCGCUGCGGGCUGGACCUCAUCGUGCAGGCCAAGUCCGGCACCGGCAAGACCUGCGUGUUCUGCACCGUCGCCCUGGACGCCCUGCUGCUGGAGAGCCCCGCCACGCAGAUUCUCAUCCUGGCUCCGACGAGGGAGAUCGCCGUGCAGAUUCACGCAGUCAUCAUGGCCAUCGGAAUAAAAAUGGAGGGCUUGGAGUGCCAYGUCUUCAUUGGCGGGACUCCCCUGAACCAGGACAAGAUAAGGCUCAAGAAGUGCCACAUCGCAGUUGGCUCCCCAGGUCGAAUAAAACAACUCAUAGAGUUGGAUUACUUAAAUACUGCCAGUAUCCGUCUCUUCAUUCUUGAUGAAGCAGACAAGCUUCUAGAAGAAGGCAGCUUUCAGGAACAAGUCAACUGGAUUUAUUCUUCACUGCCGGUCAACAAACAGAUGCUGGCUGUUUCAGCUACUUAUCCUGAAUCACUAGCUAAUGCUUUGACCAGAUACAUGAGAGAGCCAACGUUUGUGAGGCUGAACCCGACUGAUCCGAGUCUCAUUGGCCUGAAGCAGUAUUACAAAAUUGUGAAUUCCCAUCCGCUUCCUCAUAAGACAUUUGAGGAAAAAGUCCAGCACGUGCAGGAGCUGUUCAGCAAGAUUCCAUUUAAUCAGGCCUUAGUCUUCUCAAAUCUGCAUAGCAGGGCUCAGCAUCUAGCAGAAAUACUGACAUCCAAAGGCUUUCCUGCAGAGUGCAUUUCAGGUGGCAUGAAUCAAAGUCAACGUCUUGAUGCUAUGGCUAAAUUAAAGCAGUUCCACUGUAGAGUUCUUAUUUCCACAGACUUGACGUCUCGUGGAAUUGAUGCUGAAAAAGUGAAUCUAGUCAUCAAUCUGGAUGUUCCUUUGGAUUGGGAAACAUAUAUGCAUCGGAUUGGCAGAGCUGGACGCUUUGGAACUUUAGGUUUGUCUGUGACAUACUGCUGCCGUGGAGAGGAGGAAAACAUGAUGAUGAAAAUAGCACAGAAAUGUAAUCUUCAACUUCUUCCCUUGCCAGAGCCCAUUCCUCCUGGAAUGAUGGAUCAGUUUGAAGGCUGGGAGGUAGAAGUCAAAGCUGCUGCACACCCAGAAGCUUCAGUGAGUUCUGGUGCUGUGCUGCUUAGGCCAGAGGAACCAACAGAGCGACUAGACCAAAGUAACUUGGCAGAGAUACCUCAGGCUCAUUCUAAUCUUCCAAGUGAUAAUUCUGUAGACAGACCCAAGAAGCCUYCCAAGCAAAAAACAAAACGAUGCACAAAUUCUGCAAAUAUGGAAAAAAGUARCCUCCAAGCUUCCAAAUGCAGCACAAAACAGAGGAAUCAAGUAGGAGCUGUCUCCACAAUGGAGAAGCAAAAUAUCACUAAGGCUGCAGAUGAGGAUGUGUUAAAAAAUCUGCCCAAAAUUCCAUGCUUGUCAACUUUCAAAACCCAAAGGCACAACGAUUCCUGGAACUUCUCAGAGUUUGUUGAAGACUAUGAGUAUUUCCUUAAAGAAGGAUUGGAGAGGGAUGUUGAAAUUUUAAGAAGUUAUUCAGGUCCGGAAAAGCAAUGUGAACUUCCCAUAAAUGGUACUGUAGAGUGUAAMGAUUUGGAAGAUCCUAGAGAGACAGUAGGAGAUGAUGAUGUGUCUGUGGAUAGUGAUAGUUCAUACAGUUCUAGGGCUUCCUCUAACAGCAGGGAAAAUAACUCCUGCUUUGAAGCAUUUUCAGACACACCAGAAAAUAAUGUUGCCAGCACAGGUCAGAGCUUCUCUCCUAUGCCAGAGAAGCCUCAGGAGCCAUCGCAAGUGCYAAAGCCAAAUCAAAUGAAAAAGAAAGUUCCGAAACAAAAUGCUAAACAAAAGAGAGGCAAUUACCACCGAUUCCCGAGUCCACCCGUGAGAGAAACCGCAGACAACUGCUCGGGCAGCCCUUGGGGUGAUUGUGUUCCUGGCUUUCCACAUGAAUCUUGGAAUUACAGGAACUACUGGAAGUCCUACUAUCAGGCAUGGCAGAACUACUAUGCUGCAGUGUCUCACAGGUACUACAGGAACAGCUACAGCCACUUCAACUGCGUGAACGCCUAUUACGUCAACUCGGUUUAUUUGCAAGAACUGCUGAGAAGUGAUGAUUGAUGGUGCUGCUGUUGGACUGGCUGCUGCAGAGAAUGGACUUACCUGAAAAUGCAACUGCUCUGCCACUCCGGGGAUGCGUUGUUUAAGUUUGAAGAACAAAUAUUGUCUUUUUUCAAAAGCAAAUUAUUUCUAGGCAAAUGUUUUUAUGCAUUCCAGUGAUGGUGUCACAAGUUCUCAAUAAACAGAAAUGAAU